AUGGUUGCAGCUUGCUGGCUUCACUUAGCAUUAGCAGUAUGCGUGACUGUGAUUUACAUUCCACUGAUGCUCUUUGGCCUUCUGGGGAACAUCUUAACGAUUCUGGUGGUUUGGCUUCGUCCGUACAUGAGAAGCUCCACCUACCUGUACCUGAGCAGCAUGGCUGUGAGUGAUCUGCUGAUACUCCUGCUGCUGCCUCUGGAUCUGUAUAAGCUUUGGAGGCCCAGACCCUGGCCCUUGGGAGACCUCGUCUGUAAGCUGACCAUGUUCCUGUCAGAGUGCUGCACCUUCUGCACCAUCCUUCAUAUCACCUUCCUCUCCCUGGAGAGGUACCUGGCAGUCUGCUGGCCGAUAACAGCCAAGACGGUGGUGACACGACGCAGAACCAAGGCCGUCAUUGGCUGCCUCUGGCUGGGUGCCGCUGUCAGCGCUGCCCCGGUGUUGAUUAUGGUCGGAGUGGAAGAAGUCGGGGGAGAGGAGCUCGGGCUCAGCCAGUGGAGGGAAGACGGAGGGUGGACAGGCAUGGAUGGAGAACCCCGAGGAAUAAUGUUAGGUGAAGGGGAAAGAAGUGAACACAUGGCCUUGAUAGACGGAGGAUUAGACGGAAUAAAGUGGGGAGAAAAAGAGACACAGAGAUGGAGUGAAAGAGUUGGAGAGCUGGAACUGUUCAGAGACAAAGCAGGAGAUGUAAAAGAAAGGAAACAAGGGGAUGAAGGGGAAAUGACAAAUGAAAAACAAGAAGGAGGUGAAGAAGAAGGAAAGAUGGAAUUUAAGGGAGAGCUGCAGAAUAAAAAGAAAGAAGAUGAAGGAGGAGGAAGGGAAGGAAGAGUGGAUGGAGGCGGUGUAGCAGAGAUGGACAGGAGGGAGUGCCGCUGCACACACCACGCCGUCACCUCCGGCCUGCUGUCGGCCAUGAUGAUCCUGUCCAACCUGUACUUCCUGGUGCCGCUCUGCAUCCUGGGACUGGUGUACAGCCUGAUUGGCCGGACUCUGUGGCUCCGCCCGAAAAGCAGCCGGAGAGACCAGAGUCACCGAAACACCGUCAAGAUGCUGGGAGUGAUUGUCUUGGCGUUUGUCGUGUGCUGGCUGCCCUUCCAUGUUGGUCGGACCAUAUACCCACACCAUGAUGCACACUUGGACUUUUUGUACUACCUGUCUCAGUACUUCAACCUCGUGUCCUCUGUCCUCUUCUACCUCAGUGCUGCCGUCAAUCCUUUACUGUACAACCUGAUGUCUGCCAGAUACAGACAUGCUGUGCACAGCCUCAUCCACACACACUCUCACACACAGGCUCACCACCUGCGCAGCACACUCACAGCGCGACACUCCACCACCACUUUGUAAGGGCGAGGACACACCGCAAGCAAAAAGGGAAACAAUCAAACCUUAGUUUAUUUAGGAUGACAGUGUGCUGCUGUAAAGUCCAUUAACAUGUAAAUCUCAGCAUGCUGACAUAUAGAAUUAAAGGGCAUUAAAAGGGCAUAUCGGUAUUUGUCAGUUAAUUGGUCUGUUGAGCCUAAGAAAGCAUUACUUUUAGUAGCUGAUUACUGUCAAUUAAUGGAUUAGAAGAUGUGUGAAUCAACUUGACAAAAAUGCACAAAAUGAUCACAAACAGAUCAAAAAGGCCCACAAAACAGUCUGAAAAUUACCAAAAAAAGAAACAAAAUGAGCACAAAGACACACAAAACAACCACAAAAAGACAUAAUAGGACCACAAAAACACACAAAUUGACAAAAAUGACACAAAGUGACCACAGAAAAACACAAAAUGACUCAGUGAGACAGAUAAUUAUCAGAUAAAGACACAAAAUGAUGAGAGAGACACACAAAAUAACUACAAAAAAUUGCAAAAUGACCACAAAAACACCUGAAAUGAUCACAAACAGAAUAAAAAUGGCCAAAAAAAGGCAGAAAAUUACCACAAAAAUGCACAAAAUGAUCACAAAAAGACCUGAAAUGACCACAAAAUGGACUGAAAAUGACCAGAAAAAAACCCAGUAUGGGCAGGUCAUGUGAUCUGGAAUUAACACACUUCCUUGAGAGGUGUUUUUGGAAUGGGUAAAUUGGUUGAAAGUGAUUUCUCAGACACAGAUAUAAUUUUUUAUUUUCCAUAUAAAAUUUGAUAUAUUGCCAAAAAAGAAAUAUCUGUCAUGAUUUUCUCAACUUAAUAAAAAGAACACAAUCACAACUAUUUCUGAAUCAGCUAAUUUUGUUAUUGUUUAGCUAAUUAGAAGGUGGCUGUUAUUAAAUUGGGACGGUUAUUUAGUUCACAUUUUAGUGAUAUCCAGUCAUGUUUUAUUAAUAAAUGAUUGUUUUCAUAGUAAAUAAUUAUGGAAUUUGUAAAGGCAUGAUCAUAAUGAACAUUAAAAACAUUAGUUUUUUUUUCAUUUUUAAUAAAAAUGUAUGCAAGAUAUAUCCCAUGGACUUCAAAAGCCCCUCAAUUAUAAAUUGACUCAAUUAAUAACAUUAAUAAUGGCUGGAUUCCAUUUUGGU